AUGGCGGGUGAUCAUUUCAACACCAUGGACGAUAAGAAGAGGAAGAAGAGGAUCGCCUUGAUUAGCGUCUCUUCCAUUCUCCUCGUGGCCAUGGUUGCUUGCGUUGCAGUGGGAAUUGACAAGAGCGCUAUGGAAGAAGAAGAAACCAGCAGCACCAACACAAACACAAUUGUAAAGAACCAGAAGAACGUGCAUGUGAUUUGCGAAUCAGCGGAGUACAAAGACACGUGCGAGAAGAGCCUCGAGAAGGCCACCGCCAACGGCACCACCGACACCAAACAACUCAUCAUUGCUGCCUUCAACGCCACCGCGGAGGAAAUUGAGAAUCAGAUCAACGACUCAAGCCUCGUCCAAAAGUUGGUGACCGACGACAGGAGCAAACAGGCGUUGGAUAUUUGCAAGGAGGUUCUUGGUUACGCCAUUGACGAUAUCCACAGAUCUGUUCACAUGAUGGAGAAGUUCGAGCUGAGAAGGAUCGGUCAGUACGCUUAUGACCUCAAGAUUUGGAUCGCCGGUACACUCGCUCACCAGCAAACUUGCUUGGAAGCCUUCGAGAACGUUCCGACCGAAGCUGGCAAGGAGAUGGCUAAGGUUUUGAACACCUCUCUCCAGCUAAGCAGCAACGCCUUGGAUAUCAUCAAUGGCGCCAGCAAGAUCUACAAGAGCUUCAACUUGGAUGCCUUCUUCGGGGAUAGUGCCGCCGCUCCAUCCCCAGUCCCCGCGGGCAGGAGGCUUCUGUCUGACGUGGAUGAGGGUUUGCCUUCGUGGAUCGAGCAAGGCCGAAGGAGUCUUCUCGAAGACCCCACUCGUCUGAAACCCGAUUGUGUUGUGGCUCAGGACGGCAGCGGAAACUUCAAGACUCUCACGGAGGCCCUCCAGACUGUUCCUAAGAACAACAGGAAGCGUUUCGUCAUCUACGUCAAGGCAGGCAUCUAUAAGGAGUAUGUUAACUUGCAGAAGUCCAUGUCCCACGUCACCAUUAUCGGAGAUGGCCCCACAAAGACCAGAUUCUCCGGCAGCAAGAAUUAUGUUGAUGGUCUCCAGACUUACUACACCUCAACUUUCAGUGUAAAUGCCGCUAACUUCAUGGCGGUAAAUGUUGGGUUUGAGAACACAGCAGGAGCGGAGAAGCACCAAGCGGUGGCACUCCGGGUGACAGCAGAUCAAGCAGUGUUCUACAACUGCCACAUGGAUGGAUACCAAGACACGCUAUACGUGCAAUCACAGAGGCAGUACUACCGCGACUGCACGGUGACGGGCACCAUUGACUUCGUGUUUGGUGACGCAGCGGGAGUGUUCCAAAACUGCACCUUCAUUGUGAGGAAGCCCUUGGAAACCCAACAAUGCAUGGUCACUGCUGGUGGAAGGACCAAGAUUGAUAGCCCAACCGCCCUGGUGUUCCAGGACUGUCACUUCACGGGCACACCAGAGUUGAAGAGCUUGCGCCGCAAGGUGUCGUACCUUGGAAGGCCAUGGAGACUGUUCUCCAAGGUUGUGAUAAUGGACUCUGAUAUUGAUGAUAUCUUCAGUCCAGAAGGGUACAUGCCGUGGAUGGGAACGGCAUUCAGGGACACAUGCACGUAUCUUGAAUACAACAACAGGGGACCUGGUGCUGUUACAAAAGGUAGAGUCACAUGGCCUGGUGUUAGGGUUGUCACCUCUCUCGAGGCUGAUCUAUACUACCCUGGAAGGUUCUAUGAGAUCUCUAACCAUACUGAGCGUGAUGCUUGGAUCGUUGAUUCUGGGGUCCCUUACAAUCUCGGCCCAAACAGCCCCUUCAAACUCCCAUCCUUAUCAUUCUCACUCCCAUCCAUAACUUUCCCUAAGUUGGUUUAA